AUGGCCGACGAAAUAGAAGCGUUUCUAGACGAAUUUAGGACAUUUCUCUCUCGGUUGCCUCAUGUUUACGAGCAAUUACGAUUAAAUCAAUUCACUCAAGCAUUGGAAAUUGCUGAUAAUAUGCUUUCAACUUCCGAGCGGACAUGUUCUUUGUGUGUUAUUUUUCUUUUUCUAUUUGAAUGUCGCGAGGAUGAAAUUUCUCAUGAAAUAGUGGAGAAAUUGCAAACUCUUAUUGGUCAAUACGAACAGUUCACAAGACGCUACAGGGAUGUUAUUCAAAACCUGCAAGAACAAGAAACGGACAACAGAUUUCGCUGUCAAAACGACCCUGCUUUUGGUGAAAAUUUAAGGGGAAGACCACGAUUCCGUGUUACAAAAGCACAAAUUGAAAGCCUUCGAGAAAUUGGUUUUUCGUGGACUAAAAUAGCAGAACUGAUUGGCGUUUCGAGGGUAACAUUGUACAGACGACGGCGGGAAUUGGAGAUCGGAUAGCAACAUAAUUACAGCGAACUAACUGAUGUACAACUUGAUGCUGUGAUUCAGUCCAUAGUUCAAAACUCACCCAACUCUGGACAGGUGAUGAUGAGAGGUGCGCUUCUUGGGCGGGGAUUGCGAAUUCAAAGGAGAAGAAUAAGAGAGUCAAUGUUGCGGGUAGAUCCUGCUGGAACAGAGUGUAGACGGCGUUUGCGAACAAAGAGAAGAGUUUAUAAUGUUACAGGAUUGAACAGUCUGUGGUAGGUAAAUUUUCAGCACUGUUUCUUAUUUUAUCCACACACCCUUCCUAUAAAAAAGUCAGUUGUAAAUGGGAAAGUACUUGCCUUCGACAUUCGUCUUAUUUGCAUAGACCUCGCUCCAUUGUCCCUCAGUUUGUAUGAAAACCUGAGGCAAAAUGGCAAAUACUUUCCCAUACGUACCUACCCAGCAACAUGGCUGCCAUUACAGAUUUACAUAGAUGUAAGUAUGGUGUAAUUGUUUUUGUACAAACAGGCACAUAGAUGGAAAUCAUAAACUUAUACGCUGGCGUAUAGUAAUCCAUGGUGGCAUAGAUGGCUUUUCCCGUACUAUUGUGUAUCUUGGUUGCAACACAAACAAUGAGGCAAAUACAGUGCUGGAUUUGUUCACAAAUGCUCGACAUCAGUUUCAUGCUCCACAUCGCAUUAGAAGUGAUCAUGGAACUGAAAAUGUUGAGGUAGCUAAGUGGAUGCUAGAUCAUCAUGGCACAACAUCUAACCCUGUUUUAACAGGGCGAUCUGUUCAUAACCAAAGGAUUGAGCGUCUCUGGCGUGAUGCGGCUCAGUCAUUCAUUGGCUUAUACCAAAGAUUAUUUUAUUUUAUGGAGUCACACCAGUUCCUAGACCCUAUGGAUGAAGUACAUAUAUAUGCACUUCAUUAUGUUUACCUGCCAAGGAUACGACGGUCUGUUGAAGAAUUUAUUUUGCAGUGGAACAACCAUCCACUCAGCUCAGAAAAGAACAAAACACCUUAUCAAAUAUGGACCGAGGGUUUUUACAGUCAUGCUAAUUCGAAUCAACAUGCUGUCCGCAUUGCUUUGGAAGAUCGGGUUGUUGAUCCUAUCAACUACGGUGUUGAUGAUAAUGGGCCACUUCCUGAACUUCAGACGAAUAAUCAUGUGGUAGUUCCUAGAUCAGCAAUACAGUUGACUGAAGAACAAAUGAUUGCAUUGCUACUUGCCAUUAAUCCUCUUGAAGACGAUCACAAUUAUGGUAUAGACAUAUAUAAUCAUGCUGUACAAACAAUAACUACUAUAAUUCAACCAACAGAUGAAUAA